CUGCCUCGCGAGCUGGUAUCCCGCCUCCCCGCGCCGCACGCUGCACCGAGUCCACCAGCGCCCGCGCCAUCCCGCGCGUCCAUCGCAAGCGGGACGCCGCAGCCGUCGCCCGGCUCACCACGCUCCACCUCGGUUCGCUUCGCCUUUCUCGCUUCGUAUGGCGGCGGCGGCGGAGGAGGAGGAGGAGGAGGAAGACGAGGCGAAGACGCGACGCAAGGCGCCUCCCGUCUUCUCUACUCCUCCUGCCCCUCUCUUCCUCAGCGCGGCUUGCGAGAGGCCUGCCUCGCCGUCUCCUAGGGUUCAGGCGAGGGGCGGAGGCCGGAGUCCGGAGGGAAUGGCGGCAGAUGGAGCUAGAGGUGGCGGGGACGGCGAGGAGCUGCUCCUCCGCGCCGUGGAGGAUGGGGUUGGGAGCGAAGGGGGCGUCGGCUUGUGCGUUGGGGAGCGGCCGUGGCGGCUCAACUUCGACGGGUUCCGCCGCCCGGAGGCGCACCAGGAGAAGCCGGGGCGCGGCCUCCAGGAUUGCCUCGGCGUGCUAGGCUCUGGAGAUGAUUUUGCAGAAUACUACCAACAACAAUGGGAAAUGUUGGAAGGUUUUAAUGAAAUGGAUACACUGGCAGAUCGUGGUUUCCUUCCUGGAAUGUCCAAGGAAGAACGUGAAAGGGUUGCCCGAAGUGAGGCAUGGGCCAUCCUGUUAUCUAACAUUGCAAACAUGGUUCAUUUUGCUGCAAAAAUUUAUGCCUCAAUAAGGAGUGGCUCCCUAGCUAUUAUUGCCUCCACCUUGGACUCUCUACUUGAUUUGUUAUCUGGGUUUAUAUUGUGGUUUACUACCUUCUCCAUGCAAACACCAAACCCAUACAGAUACCCAAUAGGUAAAAGGCGCAUGCAACCUUUGGGCAUACUAGUUUUUGCUUCUGUUAUGGCAACCCUUGGCCUUCAAAUUAUCCUAGAAUGCACACGCUCAUUGGUAUCCGAUGGAGGUGAGUUCCGCUUGACAAAAGGGCAGGAAAAGUGGGUUGUUGAUAGUAUGAUCUCAGUGACACUGUUGAAGGUUCUCCUGGUUAUAUAUUGCCGCACAUUCACCAAUGAAAUUGUGAAGGCCUAUGCGCAGGAUCACUUUUUUGAUGUCAUCACCAACGUUAUUGGGCUUGUGGCUGCACUUCUUGCUGAUUAUGUCCAAGGCUGGAUCGACCCAGUUGGUGCUAUCAUUCUGUGAGGCACAUUGACACGGUGCGGGCAUACACAUUUGGUUGCCACUACUCUGUCGGGGUGGAUAUUGUCCUUCCAUGUGACAUGCCCUUGCGAGAGGCCCGUGAUAUCGGCGUGGCCCUGCAAGAGAAACUGGAGCUCCGAAAUCGAGCGGGCCUUUGUCCACCUCGACUAUGAGUUCACGCACCAGCCUGAGCAUGCUGAUCGCAUGAUACAUAGCCUCACUGAACUCCGGUGAAGUUUGCAACUUGAGAGUAUCUUGAUCUGAGACUAAUGAGGCCAGCACAGAUUCAGAAUCCUGGAAUUAACCUGUUUUGGCGCUUGCAGAUCGCACGUGACAGGUUGGGAUUCAGUUCGUUGUGCGUGUUUUUAUUGCCUGCUGUGCUUUAGCUGGAAAUCUCUACUGGCUGCCGGGGUACUAGAUAUUCAGUCUGUAUGAAUCUUGUGCUUUAAGUUAUUACUCACCUCUUUAGCAUUCGUAAUUUGAGCGUCACGUAAGCUGUGUAAAACCAUCUCCAACAGCUAUCUUAAAUUUUCAUCCUUAAAAACACUAUUAUAAUAUCCCGUUAUUUUUUCA